GUCAAGAAUAGCUCUCACCCAUAAAUAAUUUUUGCUUAUUUACAUAAAAAAUAGACAAUUCAAUUUUUCUCGACAUUCAAUCGAUUGGUUAUUAACAGACCUCACUUUCUUUCAAAUGAUGUGAAAUUAUAGUAUGUUUAUGAUCUUACAAUAGCUUUUGUAUGUGUGUGUAUGUGUGUUUGUGAUGUCGUUUUGCAUUACACUAAAUUACAGUAAUAGAGCUAAAAUUCACGCUACAAGAGAGAGAAUAUUCAGACGAUCAAUAAAAAAGGAGGGGAUAAGCGUAUACUCUCGCCGACUUUUUCGCAGUCAUUUGUGCUCCGGACAUCGUAAAGAGAUGAUCUCUCUCGAGACUCAGCAGUUUAAACUCAAUAGAUUUCUAUUACUCAUUAUUGGCUUAUGGCCUUUGCAACAAUCGAACCUAACUCGAUUUCAGUUUAUUUUCUUGUCUAGUGUUCUGAUGAUGAGUAUUAUAUUUCAGUUUACAACAUUCGUUACAUCAAGAUGUACGCCGGAUUUUGUUAUUAAGAUUCUGUCUUCCAUAUGUUUUUUUAGUAUUUUUGCGAUAAAAUGCAACUUAUUUUAUCUCAACAUCAAAGCUGUGAAGAAUUUAUUGAUGAAACUUCAGAAUGUCUGUAACGAAUUAAAAGAUAAAAAUGAAAUUGCUAUUAUGAAAAAAUAUAGUUGCAACGCAAAACGUUACACAACUGCAUUAACAAUAUUAGGCGUUUGCAGCGUAUCCGUUAGUAUAGUCGCUAUAUUUUGGUCGAAUAUUUGCUUUAUUAUAUUAUCGAUAAACGUAACUCAAUUACGUCAUCUGCCGAUUACGGUGGAAUACUUUAUCGAUCAAGAAAAGCACUUCUAUUUGAUUCUGAUUCAUAUCAGUGUAGCGGUAAGCAUCGGAAUAACUACAAUGGUAGCAAUAGGAGCAAUGCUUAUUGCGUAUUUUCAACAUACCUGUGGUAUGUUUAAAAUUUCCAGUCAUCGUAUUAAACGUGCAAUACCUAUUAAUAUACUAGAAAAUAUUGAAUCAAAAAAAUUGAAUUUGAUACUGAAAGGAAUAAUUAGCGCUGUAAAUAUUCAUCGGCAAGCUAUGAAAUUAUCCGAACUUAUGGCAUCCAAAAUUGAGAAAAUGUUGUUCUCUUUAAUAAUAGUCGGGGUGGUCUCUUUGAGUUUUAAUCUCUUUCGAAUUUUUCAGAUCGCAUCAUACGGAGAUGAUGUCAAGGGAAUUUUAUUUCCUCUUAUAUUUGUAACUUUUUGUAUCUUAUACAUGUUUAUAGCCAAUUAUGUUGCGCAGGAUUUAACAGAUCACAAUAAUGACUUCUUUGCUACCGUGUAUGACGUUCAGUGGCACGAAGCUCCGUUACAUAUACAAAAACUGAUAUUAUUUCUACUGCAAAAAGGAACCAAAGAAUUUACUGUAAGUAUCGGUGGACUAUUUGUCGGAUCGUUGAAGUGUUUUGUCACGGUAAAUAUAAUAAAUAUAUUAUCAAUAUAUACAUAUACGAGACAACAUAUUACAAAUAAAUGUUACAGCUUGUGA